AUGAAUCUCUACAAUCAACGCACCCUGCGUCCAUCGUGGAUCAAGCUCACCAGGAACUCACGGACAGCAUUAUUUCUCUGGUCUCUUCUACUAUCGGCAACCGUCCUCACUCAUACAAUCGAUAUCCCGUCGGGUCAAGUUUCCUGCUUUUUCGAAGACCUCCAUGUUGACGACAAAAUGACAAUAACCUUUCAAGUGGCCGGGGGAGGACAUCUGGAUAUCGACUUUUGGCUGAAUGACCCUCAAGGCAACCAUCUUUGGAACGUAAUCAAGCGAGACACGGGCACAUUCACUUUUACAGCGACUCAGGGUGGAAAGCAUGAGUACUGUUUUAGCAAUGCGAUGAGUACGGUUUCAAGCAAGACGGUCAGCUUCAACGUGCAUGGAGUUAUGUAUGUUGCAGAAGAUGCGAAUAUGGCACCUAUCGAACUUGAAAUCAAACAUCUGGCCAGCGCUCUGGAGGCGGUUAAGGAGGAACAACAAUAUAUUGUAGUCCGAGAAAAACUGCACCGGAAUACUGCCGAAUCGACGAACGAUCGAGUGAAGUGGUGGUCAUUGAUCCAGACAGCAAUGGUCUUGGGAGUCACAGCGUGGCAAGUCUUUUAUCUCAAAAGGUUCUUCGAAGUCAAAAGAGUAAGCUGA